AGCUGCCUGGCCCACAGCCCCCUGCAGGGAGCCGCGGAGGAGAAGCCGGAAGAGGAGGAGGACGCCGCCCCUGCUAAGAAGCCAGAGCCGCCGCCAGGCGUACUCCCUGCAACUGCGGCUCAGAGAGACCCGGCCGCUGCCCCGCUGCCGGUUGUACGGCUGAAGGUGGGAGUGUUCUACGAUGCCCAGGUGUCCUUCCUCCGAGAUCCGUCCGAGUUCUGGCUACGGCUCAAGGAGCACCAGCUGCCUUUCAACCAGAUGAUGCGGAACAUGAGCGAUUUCUACUCCCGAGCCCAGAAGCUGGACGGCAUCGUCCUGGAGCCCCAGCCGGGAUCCCUAUGCUGCGCUAAGUGGAAGGAGAAUGCUUACUAUCGAGUCCUUAUCACCAAAGUGCUGGGGAAUGGGGUGAAAGUGCACCUGGUGGACAGAGGCAACACUGAGCUUGUGGACUGGUAUGAGGUGAAGGAGCUGCUGCCUCAAUUCAGGGAGCUGCCUGCUGUUGCUCUGAAGUGCUGUUUAGCAGAUGUCUCUCCCCUGGGAGAAACUUGGAGUAAAGAGUCUGUGGCUCACUUUAGAAGGACUGUGAAGAGCAAAGAGCUGGUGAUCCAGAUGUUGGGCACACAUGCUGGCAAGCAUGUGAUUGAAGUUCUUGACCACUCUCAAACAGGGGAGAAAAAUAUAAGCAAAAUCCUGUCCCAAGCAGGCUAUGCAAAAUUCCAUGGUGCUGAGAUUCCAGAGACUCUUCAGAAGUUAUCUGCUGAGCCUCUGGGGCAGGCUACCAAUGAACCUGUUGGGGAGGAGGAGCUAGUGAGUUCAACAGCCAGGAAGAGGGGCAUGCAACCCAAAACAAUAAGAGACAAUAUAAUGCUGAUUCCCUCUGUGCCUUUAAGACCCAAAGCCCAGCCUACUGCAGAAACUUGCCAUUUACUGAGUGACUCCACUCCUGCCGAGAGAAAAAAUAACGGAAAGCUAAAUCUGCCCUUCUCUCUUGCACAGAACUACUUGGAAAUAAAACCAGGAUUUCCUUAUGAAGGUCAGCUGGAAGUUGGUUGUACAGUUCAGGUGGUAAUAUCUUAUGUUGAAAGUCCUGGUUACUUCUGGUGUCAGUUGAGUGGAAACAAUCAGGAACUUAAGACAUUAAUGGCUGAAAUUCAGGAUUAUUGCAAGAUUUCAGUUCAGCCAUAUUGUGGGCCAAGUCCAUUGUGUUUAGCUAAGUAUUCAGAGGAUGAGAAAUGGUACAGAGCUUUGAUUAUUAGUGGAGAGCAUUCUGUAGAACAGGUAGAAGUAAUAUAUGUUGACUAUGGGAACAAGGAACUGGUUUCUGUAAAGAAUCUCUGCUCAAUUAGUUCAAAUUUUCUGAAACUAAAGGCUCAGGCUUUCAGAUGCAGCCUUUACAACUUAAUCCAACCAAAUGGUCAGGAUCCUUUUGUUUGGGAUGAAAAAGCAAUCCUAGCUUUUCAGGAGUUUGUUGAUGAUGCAGCAAAUCAAUUGGAAUUGAAAUGUACAAUAUUUGCUCUAGCUGCCUUAAACAAUAAGGAACUGUUUAAUGUUGUGGACUUAAUUACUCCUUUUCAGAGUGUGUGCCAUUUCUUAACUGAGAAAGGGUUGGCGAGAUCAGUACCACCUCAGAAACCUCUGGCAUCUUCUGUUCAGCUACACUCUUACUACUAUUCUACACAUGACAUCAAAAUUGGAAGUGAAGAAGAGAUUUAUAUAACACAUAUUGAGAACCCAUGGAAAUUUUACUGCCAACUUGCCAGAAGUGCAAAUGUCCUAGAACAACUUACAGAUAACAUUAAUCAAUUAAGCAAAGUAGUGAACAGUUUAAAAACAUCACAAAACUCUGGAAACCUAUUUCUUACAAGGUAUACUGACAAUAAUUGGUACAGGGGAGUAGUUUCGAAAUCCAAGCCUAAUAAGGAAGUCUUCUUUGUAGACUUUGGGAAUAUGCAAGUGGUAAAGAAAGAAGAUUUGAUUCCGAUACCCAGUGAUGCCUAUGAUAUCUUGCUUUUGCCUAUGCAAGCCAUAAAAUGUUCACUAUCUGAUAUUUCUAAUGUAUCGAAAGAAGCGACUACAUGGUUUGAAAAAGCUGUUUUGGUUAAGCCUUUAAAGAUGAUAGUGGUAGCAAAAGAAUCUGAUGGAAAACUGAUAGUUGAACUGUAUGAUGGUAAUAUUCAAAUUAAUGCAAAAAUGAAAGAAGGUUUAGGCUUACCAAGAGAGAGAGAGUCUAACAAAUAUGUAGAAAAUGAAACUCUUCAUUCUAAAAACAUAAAUGCUAAAGAAGUGAGGAAUGAAAACAAGAGGCCAUCAGCAGCACAUAUGGGAGAGUCUGAAAUUAAAACUUGGCGAUCUGAAAUCCAAGGAGAAGAGUGCAAUACCAAAACCAAUUCUGUAUGUAAGGAUGUAAAAUGUUUCCAACCUGCUGCAAAAAGAGAAUUGCCAACCAAGUUUCUAGGCUCUGUGGAAAGAUUUAACACUAACAAAGCUUUUCCCUCAGUAAGUACUCUCUUCGCUAAAAAAGUAGGUGAAAAUAAAUUGUUACCUUUAAUAAACAAAGACACAAAGUCUGGUAUUGUUAAACCUGCAACUAUUAAAACUAGAAAUGAAGGAGAAAACAGUACACUCUCUUCACUUAAAAGCAUAUGUGAUCUGCCUCCAAAGAACAUAGUGCCUGGUCUGAAAACUUUAGUAUAUGUUUCUCAUGUAAAUAACCCUUCAGAUUUUUAUAUUCAGUUAGUAACUGAUGAACCUCAACUUAACAGUAUUUCAGAAGUAUUAAACAAAACAGGAACAGAGGGUCUCAAUCAACAG